UGGCUGUACCAGGAAAUGGAAACUGUUUUAGAGCACACUCAAAAGCGUGGUGUUUUAAUAACUGGAAAUCCAGGCUCUGGUAAGUCUGCUUUCCUUAGUUAUUUGCUUUGUUCCAGAACAUCAAGUCCAGUUAUUCACAGCAGAAUCCUUGGGUAUCAUUUUUGCAUGCACGUCGACAAAGGAACGCAGACUGGAGCCAAGUUCGUUCGAAAUCUUGCCAACAUGAUCGCUUCAAAACUGGAGAAGUACGGCAAAAUCCUUGAGACUGAUCCGUUUGUUCGAAGAGUAUUACACAAGGAUUGUCCUCAAGACUCAGAAUGGUGUUUCGAACAAGGAAUACUUACCCCCUUGAAAAACCUUGGACUAGAACCUGAGAAGCCUUGGUAUAUUGUCGUUGACGCCUUAGAUGAAUGUGCGAACGACAAGGCAGAGAUUCUAAACAUUCUUAAAUCCAAAAUUCGACGCCUUCCAAAGUGGCUGAAGCUGAUUUUGAGCUCAAGGAAUGUAAGCACCAUCACUGCAAGUUUCAAAGGGCUGAAAAUAGUAGAGUUACGGUCGGACGACACAAAAAACCUAGAUGACAUUGAUACAUAUUUAUCCUUCAAGGUGUUUUCUUGGAAAGAUUCCCUCGUGCAUAAAAUUAAAACGAACCUUGCAAUCACAAAUAACGAGGCGCCAGCUCAGAAAAUUGUUUCAAUUUUGACCCAGAAAGGUCAGGGAAACUUUCAGUUUGUUAAAGUUUUGUUGGACUUGUGGAUGGAAACAACCCAAAGUGUCAGUUUGGAUACGUUUCCUCAAACUCUUGACACCACAUAUCAGCUAUACUUCGAGAGAAAGUAUGCCACAUCCGAAUCUUUUCAACCCUUGCGAGCAAUUUUUGAAGUGCUUGUUGCAGCAUACACCCCCCUUACUAUCCAUGAAAUGCACUUAGCACUCAAGCUUGGACACCCAGCUCUUGACCUUGAGUACGACCUCAUGCCAAAACUUGACCUUGUAUCUUUGUUCUUGUGGCAUGGAUCAGGAGAGGAUCUCAUUCGGAUUCAUCAUGCAUCUUUGUCUGAGUGGCUCACGAGUGAUAAAAACAAAGGGAAAUUCUAUUAUAUCAAGAAGCAAAAUGGUCAUAACCGUCUUGCAAAGUACUAUCUGAAAAAGGCUGAAGAAAGCAAUUUCCCCCUCAAGCCGGAUAGUGCCUUUUACCUGGCGAGUCAUAUUGUUGAAGGGGGUCUGGAUGAUCCUUUGGUGGAGCAAUUUCUGUCCCUGCCAUCAAGUCAUAUUAAUUCAAGCGACCCUUUGACUCAAAUGACAGCACUUCACCACAGUUCCAGCUGGUUUAAUGCAGAUGUAACUAAACUUCUCGUGGGCCACUUCAGCGAUGUUGACAAUGUAGACUACAACCAACGUACACCAGCGUUUAUAGCGGCAACUUCUGGCUACUUGAAAAACUUGAAGAUUCUGUUUGGUAGAGGAGCUAACCUCAACCGUAGAGCAGCAUACUUGGAUUUUGAAAGUGUCUCACACUCCAAAAAUCCCAUUAAAGAGUGUAGAAGAAAGCUAUGCGGAUAUUCAUUAUUGCAUACAGCCGCUCAAAAAGGUAACAACGAUGUUGUAGCCUUUCUUAUUCAGCACAAAGUGAAUAUUUUCAGCACAACUGGAGCUAACAAUACUGCUCUGCAAUUGGCGGCGGCUAACGGUCAUCUUGACAUUGUCCAGAUACUUCAGAGCGCUGGGGGAGAACUGGAUGACAUAUCAUUACAUCACGCAGCAGCUGGGGGUCAUAAUGAGGUCGUACAAUACCUACUGGGAGAAGGAGUUGCAGAUGACUGUGUCCAGAACAUCCCGUUUUCUGCUUUUCCUGAUGAAGAUGGGAGCGAAUUGGAGUCUAAAAAAUUACGUUUGUAUGAUAACCAUCAUCUUCACCUGCGUGAAACAGCCCUUCAUGCGGCAGUUGCUCGAGGACAUGUGGACGUGAUUAAAACUUUGUUGAGCCAAGACCAAAAUACUAUUAAUUGUCCAAAUUCUGCGACAAGACUCCCCUUACACGAGGCUGUGUACGCAAAUAAUUAUAACAUCUUAGAAACACUGUUGAAGUCUGGAGUUGAUGCCAAUGUUCAUUGUAAUGAUAGAAUGUUAUCAUCGAGUACUGGCUCCUUUACAGAAGGUACGAUGUUUCCAACUCGUUGUCCGUGUGGAUUUACUGCUAUGCAUAUCGCUGCUAAGCAUGGCUAUCAUAGUAUUGCCGAGUUGCUUAUCAAGUACGAAGUAGAUCCUGACACGUUUGAUUGUAAUGGCUCCACGCCACUCCACAUCGCCUCCUGCCACAAUAUGCCAUCCCUUGUAACACUUCUGGUCAGCAGUGGAGCAGAUAUCGAUGCACGAAGCCUAAAUGGAUCAACACCCCUACAUAGUGCCGCGUCAUGUUUUUCAAAGGACGUUUUUGGGCCUCUGUUUGACCUGAGAUGCGAUCACCAAGCUACUGAUGGCGAGGGAAUGACGGCUUUACACUAUGUGGUAAAAGACAUAACACACGUGGGUUCUGAGUAUUUUGCAGACUUAUAUGUCACCAAUCCUAAGGGUUGGAUAGAGAAACAUUCUGGAGCUUUUCAGACGAUCAUGAGCGAAUUGGAUAUUCAAUAUCCUUGGUUAAAUACCUUGAUCAAGCUUGUUAAGCUGGAUUCCAAGAGAGGAAAAGCUAAUACUCUAGCUAUGCGAGACCAUAGAAAUCGAACGUUCUUCCAUAUAUUAGAAGAGAAAACCAGUACUUUCAACAACCUAACAGGAAGCAGUCGUUUCAGCGAAAGUUCUCUUGUGUUAUCCUUGACACCUUUCAUUAUUUCUUACGAUAUUGCAGUCUCUGAGAGGCUGAAGGACCGUGUCGUUGCGUUAAAUAAGCCAUAUGAACAAGCCUUGGUUGCAACGUCUUUUACGAGGGUCAUAUCGCGAGCGUAUACAACAACAUUUACAAAGUUCAACUGCUCACAUCUGCUUGAUUAUGUUAGACUCCAUUUCGUUUAUGCCGCCAACACCUUAUUACAAGCAGGUGUGGACGUUAACUGUCGAGGUGCCUCGGGGCUAACUCCUCUGCUUGCUUAUUUGCGCAUCGGUGGCCGUCAUAUGUCAAAAGUUCUUGUAAAACAUAACGUGAAAGUGGACAUCACGUGUGGAGAUCCCUUCGAGGAUUCAGUCUUUCACUUAGCGUCAUAUCACAAACUGCAUUACCUUCAUUACCUUUACGAAUAUUUAAAGGGAAGUGAUAACUGGCAAAAAUAUUUGCAAACAGAAAAUGCGUUUUUCGACUACUUUCUGGAUAAAUACGACGAGCACAUCGACGAGGGAAACCUGAAAACAAUCAAGACCGGCGAUGGACCAUUGACUUUGGCCAUUCUGUCUUAUUUUGACGGCAGUAACGUUUUAGAUGAAUGUUUUGAUGCAGAGGGCUAUAACGCUCUACAUAGAGCGGCUCAGGGUGCAAACCUGGUGGCAAUUGAAAAAUUUCUUUCUUUAGGUGCUAACCUAAGUAUAGAAACUCAUGACGGGUCCUCCCCUUUAUGGCUUUCAGUAUUAUAUGCUGUGAAAUACAGGCCUUUUCUAAACCUCGAAGUACCCAGUGCACUCACAGCUUUGGAGGUUGAAUUCGCCUCACUUUCGGCUUCAGCUAUUUUAAAUCAUUUCCUUAAAGAUGGGACCUUGGAUAUUGGCUGUAGUGAAAAGCGUUCUGAUCUGACCCUUUACCACGUUGCAGCUACCCGAGGGAUGUGGCAAUUUAUUGCACAUUUGCUCUCUAGCAGUGAAAUUAUUGGUGUUGAUGUGGACUGCCCCAAUAAAGAUGGAAUUACUCCAAUGUACUUAGCAUUAUUCAUUGGCGGCGACUCGUGUGAGUGGCACAGUCCAUGGUGCAAAGUUGUCGACGUAAUAAAGAACUACGGUGGUACUCUUCGAUAUCCCUCGCUAGAAGCAGAGUACUUCCUCAUCUACAAUAUGUUCUUUGGAAUGAAUCCUAGCAGGUUGUUUCUAGAGCUUACGGAAGAUGAGAUACUAACUCUUCAGGAGGGCUGUGGGCGCGAUGAAUGCCGAAAAUAUAAGGCUGCAAACGUCAACCUUUUCAAAACAUCUGACGAAGUAGAUAGAAUUCGCGUCGAUUACCAGAAGAAGGUGGACAAAUGUUCUUCAUUCAUAGCAGAUUGUCCAGCUGACAUAAAAAGAGGUUUACCCCAUUUUACAAUUGUGGUGAUUUUCCUUGACCGCCAACAGGCCCUAAAACUUAACUUUCUAGAUACUCGAAAUUCUCUUGUUACUUUCCUCGACGAUGAAAUCGAGCGACUGAAGAACCUUUUGUUUGUUGCCUCGAGACCUCAUGCAGAAAUGCGUUGUACAAAAGCUCCAAAAGAUUACAAACCAAAGGAAGAAACCAUUGAUAUGUGUUACCAGUUUCGUGGUAAACAGGAUCUCGAAACUCUACUUCACAAAUUCUAUCGCAAUUACAAACGGAACCUCGAUUUAGUCCUAGAAAAGUCGGAUGAAGUGAGAUCUCACAUGCCUUUAAAUGGUAAACUGCCACGAUUUUUAUCAAAGAUGAAUUUUGCAUUAGCUGAUUACGAUACUUCCUUAAAUUGUGACUGGCAAGCAAUUGCAAUCAAGUAUGUGCAGCUUAGUUUCCAGGUGCGCAAUUUGAACUAUUGGAUUCAGGCUGCCCACAAAACGUCUACAGUGCCAAGCGUAUCGGGUUUUCUUUCGAAAAGAAUGGAAAAUGCUAUCCUGCAACAUUCAGAAGAGUCACUUAAACUUGUUCUCAAGCUGGCAUCCGGACACCCGACUGAAGCCUUUAAUUAUCUAAGAACUUUGAGAUUUACACGGCCACCUAUGUGGUAUGAGACGUUUGGUGUAGGAAACUUUGGGCAGAGAAUGGGUCCGUAGGAGAUAACAAUUUAUGUCCACUUUUUUGACUGACCUAAUGAAGAGAACUCCAAAACAUUCGAUUCAACUAAAUUUUAAUCCACUGAUUGACACAUUUUUUAUUACUGAGUGACAUAAUUAAUUUGACAAUGUAACAGCUCGAAAUAGGUCGUAGACAAAAUUGAAUUUUUUACGGAGUUAAGGAAACACAGUCCGUGGUUUAAACAGGUUUGAAAGGGCCUCAUUUGACCGUCUGUCCACUGGACUCGUUUGCUUGUUGUGUUUAACGAAUGUUUUGAGUGGUCCCAUUUCCCCCUGUUUUUAUAUCUCUAUAAAUAUAUAUCUUUCUUGUGAAAAACGUUUUUACUUCCAUCAUAUCUAAACUUGAAUCGCAGUUAAGGAGGGAGUUUGCUUUCUCGCUGAAAACUCAAAUAUUAAUUUUUGUACAUUUUGAUCAAUGAAUCGUCAAAUCAAGCUGCUAAUAUAAUGUUUAUUUUUUUAUAAUGCCUAGAGAACAUCACAGCAGAAAAAAAAUGGUUUCUUUUAGUAUUUACCUAAAAAAGCCACAGUCCUCAGUCUCCGAAAAAAAAAGUUAAAUUUCUCUUCCUAAAAUCUACAGAUUUGGGUCGAUUAUUCAACUGAAUAGGAGUUUUGUAAGCUGUUUUAGUUUUAAUCUAGCUUGUUCAGUACUCCAGUGAACAAUUAGAACGUAGGAGUAAAAUUUGAUCGUGUAGUCCGAUCGUCCUGGUCAGAGUAGUCCUGAGAAGUCGUCGGUUGCAGAGACUUAUAUUUCGAUAACCUUAGCGGAAGUCCAGCAAGAGUCUUCUGAGAAUGACUUCCGCUUAGGUUGCGAAACGUCGGUUACCACUACCCACAGUGGUCCUUCUCAGGACGAUCAAUUCUCUCACGAACGAUGAGCCCAACGCGAUCAAGGCGUCAAGCAAUUGCAAGAACCCCAAAUAUGACUUAAAUAAAUGUAAGUAACUUUCUGAAUUAAAAAUAACCAAACAGUAAAUGGGACGUUAGCAAUUUUUCAUUCGAGCUCCAGUGAGGCUUUGGCUAAGAUUCUGUGACUACAAGGCUGAAAUACAGUAGUUAUGAGCUACCGUAGAAGAGAUUGGUCAGAAAUCCGGCAGAUUUCUUAGGUAAAUUUUUUUUUUUAGGCCUUUUGGGUUUGGCAUUCCAAUUAUUUUGAGCUGACUGAUCGAUAGAAACUUCUCAUCAACUAUCUUCAGUAUCAAAGUGUAAAAUCAAAAGCAGAGCAGUAGAUAGGGCACGGUCAGAGAAAUCCCAACGUAAACGGUAACACCGUUUUCACCUGUUCGAAUCUUUGCUUUAUGCUAGCUUUCCUGACCAGUCAACUCUACCCUGACUACCGUUAAACGUACCAAAUUAUGUCAACGUUUUUACUUAGAAAUAAAGUAUUGUUUUGGAA